AUGAUGGAUGAUACACGCCAGGAGCACGAGUCGACAAGCGGCGAACAACCAUCAGGACGAUGCCAAGACGGUGCGAGAAGGCAAGGAGAAGAUGACGAUGACAAUACGGAUGUGAAGAUUGAUAACAAUGACGGAGUGUCGAACGCGACACUAGCGACUUACGAUGAGGAAUUGGAAGAGUUGUGGUCGAAGAUGAUCAUCGACUCGAGUGACCAGGACGAUGAACGAGCUGCACGAUACGUGGCUACUGUACGACCGGCGAUGGCGACGGUGCGGUAUGUACAUUGUGGUAGCGUGGUGGUGCAAGACGACGUGAACGACGAGUCGGCUGACGUAGUAAAACUAAGUGACGAGAAUCACGGUCGGUCGGAAGAAGGCGCCAACCCGGGCCAAAGACAAGUGUUGGAGCGUACGGAGGACAUGCGAGACAGUGUGAACAUUGCCCAGAUCCGACAGGCACGAAGACUUGUGAGGAACCAGAAGAAACGCGAGCGGGUCAAGCGUGCAAUAGCUCGACGACGAAGCGCCGCUUCAGCAGCCGAGAAUCAACAAAUUGCAGAAGAAGAAGGGCGACGUGAACGUCGAGGACGUGCUAAUGAAGCCGUACGACGCCUGGAAGUACGUCGGUGCCAACAGCGAGGUGGGAAAGAACGAAUGGGCGAGGAACUCACGAAAGUCCGCCUGGUACAUUAUCACGCACGACGAGAAGGGGGUGAAGAACACGACGAAGAGCCACAAUACGAAGUUGAAGCUGAUGACGGGUUGCCAACGGCACGAAUGACGGUGGAUGGCAUCACGAAGAUGGUGAAGUUGGACAGUGGGGCCAGGUACACUGUUGCUGGCACAAGCUGGAUGAACUACGGAGAACUAGUGUCGUACGAUUCACCCGUAGACUACGUUGAAGGUAUUGGCGGUAUCUUACUCGAUGUGCUGGGAGGUUGUUUGGAGGAAUUUCUAAUUGGUGUUGACUUCCUCAAAGUACAUGAAGCAGCAAUGGACUUCCGCUCAAAUGAACUGAAGUAUAAUGAAGCAGAACGAGCAGUAGUGAUACCAUUUCGAACCAGUGGAGCAACGAUAACACCAAUUGAGAUCGCCGUGGCGGCAGGUGAUGGAGAACGUGGCGUAUUCGUACCUACUGUACAACUGGGCUCCGUAAUGUUAGCUACAACUGUGACGAAGGUCAAGAACGGGAAGACCUGGGUACCAGCGAUCAAUGCUAGCGAUGGAAGAGUGAAGUUACUAUCACGGAAGGAGUUGGGGACGUGGAUUUCACUUGACGACGAUGUCGAAGUCUUGGAAAUGCACGGAGUGUUAGGACGGGAACAACUAUGUGACUGGCUACGAAAACUUGGCGAUAGUGAAACACCGUUGGAAAAUGAAGAUGAUGUUCAAAUUGGACUGGAAGACGAGGGCGGAAGAGAACUGAUAAGACGGCUACUGCGCGUAUAUCGGAAAUAG